AUGGAAAGCCGAAGUAUGUUUGUGAAGAGACCUACUGCCAAUGAAACUGAGGAUGACAUCCUGGCUAUGCAAGCUGAGUGGGAAGCCAAUAAGUCUCGAUCCGAUAAGGCAUCUGUGCAGAUCCAUAAAAUGAAGAAGGGUCCAGUAGCUUCAAAGCCUAUGCCAAGGAAAUUGGUAGCGAGGUCGACCAAUCCUAGAGCAUUUGAAGAGGGAGGCCGAUUUGUAAUUGACCUGGAAAAAAUUACAGAAGAAUGGUCUAAUCGGGUGUUGUUCGACGUCGAGGAACGAAACUCAGAUUGGCUGGAGUCUGAUCACAGCGAUGAACUUGCUCGUCAGCAAUUUGAAAAGCUACCCUAUUCCGCAGAUGAUGGUUUUCCAGAAGUACUAGAUUUGGGUGCCUAUUACAGGUAUCGUGAAAAUCAACUAAUAUCUGAACCGGAUGAACCAUUGCCUAGCGAAGAUGACAAUUACGAACUGGAGAAUGACAAGUGA